CAGAAAAUGAUUUAGCAAAAAUAUUCGGUUGAAAACAAAAUUUCAUAAACUAACAUAAAAAAUGAGGACAGAACUCCCAGCAAUGAUCGAAAAUUUGCAACAAUGAAUUGCUUUAAAAUAUUAAAGUACGCCAUGCUAGCUGAGCGGUGUGCAAAGCCGCGCAUCAAUUUACAAAUCAAACGAUUUACCAAGUCAUCAACAUGUGAUGAGUGCUUUAUCCCUGAUAGAAAGCCGUGUUUUAAUAUUAACACCGUCUCGGUGGAACGUGGUAAUUCAAGUCAUGCAAAAUUGAUUAAAUCAUUUCUCUAUUCUCAUUACUGGCCGAGGGAACCGAGCGUCGUGGGUCUCUGGAUGUGUCUCAACUGUUCCUAUCUUGAAGUCCUUACAGACAAGUAUUCUAAUUCUGGUGACCGACUUUUGGCAUAUGAAUACAUUCAGCGUACAAAAGAGAGAAAGCUGGUUGGUGUAAGCGUUGCUAACAAAACAUACCCUUGGAUGGUAAAUGAGUUAGAGGAGUGGGCGCAUUUUACAUCAUCUAGACCUGAGAGGAACCGAAUGUACUUCAUAGCACACUGCUUGAAAACUCCCAAUUUAUUUAACAAGUACAAUGUUAACUAUCUUUAUGAUGUGGAGAUACUGGGUACCUCUUCCGAUGUAGCUGGUCAAGGUGUAGGAACACUUCUAUUGCGUACUGUUCUCGAUCACGCUGAGGAACUCCGUCAUCCUCUCGUUCAAGUCAUAGCUGUCAGUCAAUAUACGUCAAAAAUCUGUGAAAAAUGUGGAAUGAAGCGAGAAUGGUCCAUGGAUUUUAGUGACUUUAUUGACGAUGCUGGCCAAAGGGUAUUCUUUCCUCGAAGACCUCAUCAUACUGUGAGCAUCUAUACCAAACAUUUUAAUCCAGCAGCUGGUGGACGGGAACCUCGUAAAUCUCCUAUUCUUUAGCAUUUGCUUCCAAACUUCCUUAUGGUGUGUUCUUCGUAAUCAUUUUAAAAGGCAUAAAUUAUUUAAG